GGGCCUCACGCAUGCGCUCCUCUGCUCAGGAAUAGUCAGCUUUGGGGGGAAAAGGUUCGGUCCCAGACACAGUUGGGGCGGGAGUGAGCUGGAGGCGGAGCUUGAUGAUCAAAGCCAUUUCCCUGCUCUGUCUGUCACUCAGUUUCCUCUCCGGAGCCGCCUCUCACUCUCUGUCAGCUCUUUCUCAGCCAGGUCGGGCCGGGUUGUAUAAAAAAGGAAGGGGAGGCAGCUCGGCUCUCAUUCGGCAGCGAUUGGAGUGAAGAAGCGCGAUGUCUGGGAGAGGUAAAGGAGGCAAAGGCCUGGGAAAAGGCGGAGCGAAGCGGCACCGGAAAGUGCUCCGUGAUAACAUCCAGGGCAUCACCAAACCAGCCAUCCGGCGCCUGGCUCGCCGUGGCGGGGUCAAGCGCAUCUCGGGCUUGAUCUACGAGGAGACCCGCGGGGUGCUGAAGGUUUUCCUGGAGAAUGUGAUCAGGGAUGCGGUCACCUACACUGAGCACGCCAAGCGCAAGACAGUCACCGCCAUGGAUGUGGUGUACGCUCUGAAACGCCAGGGCCGCACUCUCUAUGGAUUCGGCGGCUGAGGAUAAAGCGACCCUUUUCCAGCGAACCCAAGGGCUCUUUUCAGAGCCACCCAAACUCUCCGAUAGAGAGCGGAGACCUGAGUGCAGCACAUAGGGAGGGGAUAUUGUAACGGUUCUUUAUCGUGUUAUUUGUCAUUUUGCGCAGACACUGAUACGGUACUAUUGCGGUAUUUGUAUUGCAUUGACCCUUUCAGAAACGAUACUUUCAUGGGUUGUGAGGCUGGGACACAGCGUAUGUUUUCAUAGCCUGCUCUGUCCAUGUGCCUGUUACAGACCGUUCAGGCGGCCAUUAAGUUGUGAUUCGGCUGAUUAUAAUCUGGUUGAAAUAAAAUAUCGAUUCGGUGAGCUUCUGUUAUUUUAUCGUGGUACAAUUUCAACAGCGGCAGCGUUGUUUAGAUUGAUUCGCGGUGGGUAGACGUUCGGCUGUUCAGUUUGACUGGGCUGUUUUAAACCCCGCCUUUCCUCCUGCCUGUAACAGACAUAAGGCAAUAAUCCCCCCUUUUGUCCGCGCUGAUAGCUAACUAA